AUGCCGUCCUCGCAGCCAGUGUUCUCGACGCCCCUGACGCGCCUCUUCAAGAUCAAUCAUCCUGUCAUGCUUGCAGGCAUGAACGUCGCCGCAGGGCCUAAACUGGCUGCAGCAGUGACCAAUGCUGGCGGUAUCGGUGUCAUUGGUGGGGUUCGCCAGAGCCCCGAGAUGCUCCAGGAUUCUAUUAAUGAACUCAAGAGCCAUCUGGAAGACAAGACCGCACCAUUCGGCGUAGACCUCUUGCUUCCUCAAGUGGGUGGCAGUGCUCGGAAGACAAAUUACGAUUAUACGAGUGGUCAACUUGACGUGCUUUUGGACAUCAUUAUAAACAGCGGGGCUGCACUUUUCGUUUCUGCUGUAGGAGUGCCGCCCAAACAAGCUGUUGACAAGCUUCAUGCUGCCGGAAUCCCGGUCAUGAAUAUGAUCGGUCAUCCAAAGCAUGCUAGGAAAGCCCUCGAGCAAGGUGUCGACAUCAUCUGUGCACAAGGCGGUGAAGGAGGUGGCCACACUGGCGAAACACCAUUUUCCAUUCUGAUACCCAGCACUGUUGAUCUUUGCAAAAAUGCCAAAAGCCCCUUAACAGGUGGGCCGGUCAUCGUCGUUGCUGCUGGGGGUAUCGCGGAUGGCCGUGGCCUUGCGGCCGCACUUUCGUAUGGUGCAUCCGGUAUUUGGGUCGGCACCCGCUUUGUAGCUAGUACCGAAGCAGGUGCUCCUCCAAAACACAAGGAACUAGUUAUCUCAGCUGGUUAUGACGACAUUGUCCGCACCCUGGUGUACAGCGGUCGUCCGAUGAAUGUGCGGAAGACUCCUUAUGUUGCAGAUUGGGAGACCCAGCGACAAGGGGAAAUUGCAAAGCUUGUUGCACAGGGCCAUAUCCCGCACGAUGUCGAACUAGAGAAUCAUCCCGAGAAAUCUCUAGAAGGUCGAAUGUGGUUAAUGGGCAGGGUAGCAGGAUCCAUCAAUGAUAUCAAGCCAGCGAAGGAGAUUGUCGAUGAGUUGGUUGCAACAGCAGCUGCGAGCUUGAAAACAGCUUCGGCUCUUGUGACAAACAAAGCAAAGUUAUGA